CUCAAAUGUUCCUUUCUUACUCAACCUUCUCCCUUCAACACAACUUAUUACAGAAACAUAAAGAGAGUGUUUCAUUCAUCUCUGUUAAACUCAACACAGAAGUUGUAUUCGUUUAAAUUACUAUAAUGGCCAUGGAAACUGAGGCUGCCACCACUCCACACUUGGCGCUCUCUGAUACAGACAUCAACUGGGACAGGUUGGAUAAGACUAGAUUCCACAUUAUUGGUGCAAUACUCUUCACAGCUCAAUCAGCAUUACUUCAUCCAACAGCAGUGGUGAAGACAAGAAUGCAAGUAGCUAGUUCAGGACUCUCUAACAUGAAGGGAACCUCAGUGUUCACUCAUAUUUUGAGGAGUGAUGGAAUUCCUGGAAUUUUUAGAGGUUUUGGAACUUCUGCUAUUGGAUCAAUGCCUGGUAGGGUUUUAGCUCUUACAUCUCUUGAGAUGUCAAAGGAUUUUAUGUUGAAACACACUCAAGGUAGCGAUAUUCCAGAAGCAUCGCGGAUUGGCCUUGCAAAUGGUGUUGCUGGCAUGGUUUCAAAUUUGGUAUCUUGCGUUUACUUUGUGCCUUUGGAUGUGAUCUGCCAAAGGUUAAUGGUUCAAGGUCUUCCGGGAACUACAUGUUGUAGAGGACCAUUUGAUGUUAUCCGUAGAGUAGUACAUGCUGAGGGUUUUCGCGGCUUGUAUAGAGGUUUUGGAUUAACAGCUGUAACGCAAUCUCCAGCAUCUGCACUUUGGUGGGGAUCAUAUGGUGCAGCACAACACAUAAUUUGGAGGAGUUUAGAUUACAAAGAUGAUAUGGGGAAGAAGCCUUCACACGUGGAAAUGGUGACAGUUCAGGCUACUGCUGGCAUGGUGGCUGGUGCUUGUUCUUCUGUCAUCACUACUCCCAUAGAUACUGUAAAAACACGACUUCAGGUUAUGGACAACUAUGGUUCUGGAAGACCAUCAGUACUAAAGACAGCAAGAACUCUCCUUAAGGAAGAUGGAUGGUGGGGAUUUUACAGAGGGUUUGGACCAAGAUUUUUGAACAUGUCACUUUAUGGAACAACUAUGAUUGUUACUUAUGAACUGAUAAAGAGAUUAUCGGUACAACCAAGUCUAAAGUCUUUUUCUUAAGAAGUUCAACCUUAUUGAGAUGGCGGAGACAGGGAAUCAAGCUUGACUUUCGCAUGCCUAGCUUUUGGUAUGGGAUAGCAAACAGAUAGAUUCAUUCAUCCUCAAGAAUUCACGGUGCAGUACGGUAAGACCUGCUAGGUUCAGUUCGGCCUUACCAUGCUGCAUCGUGCAAUGUACUAGACGGAAUUUCACAAAGAUUUGACUUCUUUUCUAUAAUUUUGAGUAACACAGAACUAUUCCUUUUCCUUUAUUUUUCAUUUCUGUGGAUAUUGCUUGUAAUCAGAGUCUAAAGUAUCCAUGCAAUU